AUGUCGCGAAAAUUUCCAGGAAUUCCAAGUGGCGAUUUCUCUUCUGAGGCCACCAUUCACGAACCUAUGACGUCACAAACGAAGUGUUUCCGGAAGUGCUACGUUGCCUGUUUCGUCUUCUCGGAUGGCGUGUAUUUUGUUUGGCUUGUCCGGUUCUAUCCUCUACCUCCGCGACCGUCUUCCAGUCCUCUCUUCCGCGGACACUUCCGCACUCCGCGAGCAGCUGCUCACUGUGCUUUCGUCAGCUUUUUCUUAAGAUCACUGUUCCCUGCGUCUACUGAAAAACUUCACGUUACUGUUGUUUAUGUGGAUAUUUUUAGGAGCAAAAUUCGAGGAAUUUUGGCUCCGGACUCCGAUUAUUUCUUAAAUAUGAAACAGUUGACUUCUUGUCAUCGUAAACCUUAA